AACGUAUCACCAUCGACACAUUACACAAACCAGUGAGAUGAGUAAACACAACCUUUCCAGCGGUCAUCUGGAACACCAAACCAUACUCGACCCUCCACUGUUUUGAGUUGGGGAAAGUCUGUAUCGGCAGCGACAAUACCGGGCAUUAAAUUUCCGUGAGCAUGCAUGACCUUUCACCUUUCACAAUGUCUGUUCCUCCGCAGCAGUAAUGGACGGAAGACAUGACCCACCUCCCCUGAACAGAACAGGCCGUACCGGGUUAGCAAAGCUGCUCCGUUUAACCCGAGCCACACUGGAGGGCCAACGGAACCCAGAGCUAACAGGUGUAAUGGCAGUCCGAGGCGUGGUCAUUUCAGACAUGAAGCUGUAGGUGCUCGGCGCUGCCUUGGCUGGUACAAUGCAGCAAAAAGGCGCAAUCCAAAUCAUCGAAUGGGAGGACCUGGACAAGAGGAAGUUUUACUCCCUUGGUGUGUUCAUGACGUUGACCACCAGGGCUACCGUCUACCCCGCUAGCCUCAUCCGAACCCGCCUGCAGGUGCAGAAAGGAAAAGCCCUCUACUCAGGCACCUUCGAUGCGUUCUUUAAGAUCCUGCAAACAGAGGGUGUGCGAGGCCUGUACCGCGGCUUCAUGGUCAACACUUUCACUCUGGUCUCAGGACAGGCUUACAUCACCACCUACGAACUUGUACGCAAGUAUGUGUCUCAGUACUCUCCAAGUAACACGGUGAAGUCUGUGGUGGCGGGAGGGGCGGCGUCCCUGGUGGCUCAGACCAUCACUGUGCCCAUAGAUGUGGUGUCACAGCACCUGAUGAUGCAAGGACAAGGGGAGCACAUGACUCGCUUUAAGGCUAAACCCAAAAUGAUGCUUGCAGCAACGAAACGCAGACUGACUUUCGGGCAAACACGUGACAUUACGGUGCAGAUAUUUGCAGCCGACGGCUUCAGGGGAUUUUACAGAGGAUACGUGGCAUCGCUACUCACAUACAUCCCUAACAGUGCACUCUGGUGGCCUUUUUAUCACUUUUAUGCAGAGCAGCUGUCCUAUCUAGCGCCCAGUCAGUGUCCACACCUGAUUCUGCAGGCUUUUGCAGGACCGAUGGCAGCCGCUACUGCCUCCACCAUCACUAAUCCCAUGGAUGUAGUUCGAGCGAGAGUCCAGGUGGAGGGACGAUCGUCCAUUAUCGAGACGUUCAAGCAGCUGCUGGCGGAGGAGGGCGUCUGGGUGAUGACCAAGGGGCUGUCGGCCCGCAUCAUUUCCUCCACGCCCACAUCGGUGCUCAUCGUAGUGGGGUACGAGACUCUGAAGAGACUGAGCCUGCGAGCUGAGCUGAUCGAGUCCAGACACUGGUGAUGGAGACCAGCAGGGGCCACUUUGGACCUCAACAGGGAUUAACCCUGAUCUGACUGUGACAGGGAAACCGCUUCACGAGCUGUGUCUUUGAGUUUUUAAGUGUAUUUUAGGGCCUUUUUUGUGCCUUUUUAUUAGAAAGUGAACAGUACCAGAAAACGGGAAGCAGUGGCAGACUGAUGGAGAACAACAUACACAGAGCUAAUCCAGACUGGGAGUUGUGGUUGAGGGAAUGUGGUCCUCGGUCGGUGUCCUCAACCAUUCCACCACCACGCUGCGUCAUUGUCAUACUACAUAUUAUUUUCCAGUUGUCAGAUCCAUUUCUAUUGGCCUAUUUAGUUCACUGUGAAAUGUUGCAACCUCAAUAUUCUGAAAAAUUAGCUGAUGAUUAAAAGAUGUUGCUCCCAGAAGGAUUGUAAACAAAUCCCUUUUAGCCUAAUGGCUCAUCUACUGUAUCUUAAUAAUACUAAACAACUGCACCAAAGUGAUUGUAACAGAUGUUCUGAAAGAUUAAGACUUGAUGCACAAUUUGUGUACUUUCCAGCUUAGUAGUAAAUUAUGCUUAGUACUUGAGUGUUAUUUCUGCACCGACAAGCAAGAGACAUUUGUAUGAAUUCAUUCCAGCUAAAGGAACAUAAUGUGUAUCUCUUAGAGAAACGAAAGUCUAAACUGAAUAAAGAAUAAGUUAAAAAAAAAAAGUUAUCUUAAAAAAAUUAAGCAGUAUUUCCAAAAUUAUUUUCAAUAGUUCUCUUUACACAAAGGAUGACGAAUAAAUCCAUCUCUGUAGGUGUUUGAUGUUCAGCCUUUAUAUAUUGUAGCCAUGUCCCAGUGAGUUAUUUCCAGAGGUCAGAGGUUAUGUCACUGAAACAAUGGUGCAGAUAUGAUGAAUUAAAUGUGCCAAUGAACAUGUCAGAUGUUCAAAGACAAGAAAAUGUAAAGCUCAACACACGAGAUAAAGAUGGGAGCAAUAGAGCAAAAGUAAACCAACUUUUUUUUUUGUUUUAUGUCAGACUCAAAUGGGCUCCUUCUGCAUUUGCUAAUGUACAUUUAUACUGUUCUGAUCAUGAAUCAGCUUAAACCACUUACUGUUUGGUUAAACGGAAACAAGGACAGAGAGCAGCAGGACCAUCGCACCACAGGCAAAACUGAACUCCAACAGUUGCUAAUGAAUUGAAGGUCAAUAAACUGCCAAUUUUAUUUUUAUAACAACUGAUAAUGGAGAUGGAGAGGCAAAUAAUGUAGCCAGACCACUGCCAGUAAACACACCUCAGUGAAGGUUGAAGCAUUCAUCCUUUUUAUACUCUGCUCUGGUGUUUGCAAACCGCACUUUCCAGUUAAUACAAGCACAACAGUACUGGAUUAAACUUUUCGUUUGCUGUUUCUGAAUUGACACGAUACAUCAAAAUAGCAUAUUGCCUGUAUGGAGGAAGGUGUGUGUUUAGGUGAGCUGUCUCUAUUUAAUGUGUUGAACUGUUAAAUGUGCAGUUUGAUGUGAUUUAAGCGUUGAACACGUGAACUUCUGAAAUGUAAUAAAGACUUCUGAAUCACU